CGUUGACGUCGUCGAGGCGAGGCCCAUCACCUCUCCCUCCCUCCCUUGACGAAGGGCACUCAUCUCUAUUGACCACGCACGCUCCAGUUGUUAUAGUGACCAACUGCCAUGGAGGGGGAGAAGGAUAUGCUGCCAGCAGCCAUGAGCGCGCCGGAGACGCACAUCAAGCUAGCAGAUCCGAACGAGGACACGUAUUUUGGACGGGUCCGUAAGACCUUCUACAUGCUGGACUUCCGCACCGCCUUCACGACGGAUCACGCACUGCAGGAUGCGUGGCAGUUGGUGGAGGCACACCGUCGCGGUGAGACUGUGGACCCGGACAAGCUCCAGCACGCGCAGUAUGUGACACAUGCCAUCCUCCACCCGGACACUGGAGCGCCGGUCUUCACACCGCUUCGUGCCUCGAUGAUCGUUCCCAUGAACAUGAUCAUGGACGGUGCCAUGCUGCUGGCUAACAGCACAAAAACCACCAUCUUCGCGCAGUGGCUUAACCAGACUUACAACGCUCUGCACUACUAUGCCAACCGCAACGCCUCCAACGAAGACACGGCGGAACAGCGUCUCGUGGCGUACGUAGGCGCUACUGCAAGCUCUGUGGGGGCGUCACUCGGCAUCCGACGUUUAGCUAGUCGAAUGACGGACGUCAAAUGGGCCCCUGCUGUUGCUCGCAUGGGUCCAUUCGCUGCUGUUGCUGCAGCUGAUCUGCUUAACAUGGCGGUAAUGAGGCAGAGCGAGUAUCUCAAGGGCGUCCACGUAUACGACGAGAACGGAGACUACGUCGGCAAGUCAAGGAGAUGUGGCGCACUGGCGGUUGCCUCGUGCGCUGCUGGCAGAAUCUUUGCUGCAGCUCCGAUCUUGCUGCUCCCACCGCUCAUCAUCUCGCGAAUCGAAAAGCACAGCACGCUCUUCACGCGACCAAAGACGCGAUGGCUGCGUGUGCCUACACUGUUGGGACUCGUAGGUUGUGCUAUCCAGUUUUCGGUGCCGCUAACUUUCGGACUCUUCCGUCAGACAGCGCAACUCGACUGUAAGUACUUGGAACCAGAACUGCAGCACGCAAUGCGCAAGCAAGACGGUCAACCUGUACGCGUGGUCACGUACAAUAAGGGCAUCUGAGAGUCUCGCGUUCAGCGAGGAGAAGUGUCAACAUCAAGAAGACGCGAUAUAAUAGACCCCACACGCUUUUAGCCUCAUCUUGAUUCUUAGUGGUCUAGCUAAUAAUAAGUCCAUCGUGUUGCGAGCCAAAGAUAGCUCUCCCUC